AUGAAGAACUGGAGAAUUUUGUCAUCCCUGUGUUUCCUGGCCAAGAGACAGAUAGCACAGAACCUGCAUGGCUACCAGAUAGAGAAGAUGUACUCAAUUCGAAGCCUGCCCACAAUGCUGUACCGUGAACGUGCAGAGGAGGAUGGCUUUGAGGACAUGACACAGCUUGAGGAACUGCACGAAGGUGCUGUGUUACUGAAUUUGAAGAAAAGGUUUGAACGCAAUUUGAUAUAUACUUAUAUUGGAAGUAUCCUGGUGUCUGUUAAUCCAUACAAGAUGUUCAACAUCUACGGAACAGACAUGGUUCUGCAACACAAAGGGCAUGCGCUUGGAGAGAAUCCUCCACAUCUAUUUGCCAUUGCAAAUGCUUCAUACACAAAAAUGAUGGAUGCCAAAGAAAACCAGUGCAUUAUUAUCAGUGGGGAGAGUGGCUCUGGUAAAACAGAGACCACAAAGCUAGUUCUCCGGUACUUAGCCGCAAUACAUCACAAACAGAACAUCACACAGCAGGUAUGAAUUCUUGAAGCAACUCCUCUUUUAGAGUCUUUUGGAAAUGCCAAAACUGUACGGAACGAUAACUCCAGUCGAUUUGGGAAAUACAUGGAAAUAUUUAUGGAAGCAGGGGUAAUCAGCGGUGCCAUAACCUCACAGUAUCUACUUGAAAAGUCCAGGAUUGUGUUUCAGGCCAAAGAUGAAAGAAACUAUCACAUUUUUUAUGAGAUGCUUGCAGGCCUUCCUUCACAGCAGAAACAGUCUUUAUACCUUCAAGACGCAGAGACGUAUUAUUACCUCAAUCAAGGUGGAGACUGUGAGAUUGUUGGCAAAAAUGAUGGGGAGGACUUCCGCAGGCUCCUCAGCGCUAUGGAAAUACUUCACUUCAGUGCCGAAGACCAGAGUGGAAUCUUCAGGAUCCUGUCUUCCAUCCUCCACUUAGGAAAUGUCUUCUUUGAGAGAUAUGAGACUGAAUCUCAGGAAGUGGCAUCAGUUGUAAGUGCUCAGGAGAUCCGAGUGGUGGCUGAAAUUCUACAGAUUUCCCCAGAGGGUCUACAGAAGUCCAUUACUUUCAAAGUCACGGAAACAAUGAGGGAAAAGAUCUUCACCCCCUUGACUGUUGAGAGUGCAAUUGAUGCCAGAGAUGCUGUUGCCAAGAUCCUGUAUUCCCUUCUGUUCAGCUGGCUAACAGACAGAAUAAAUAGGCAGGUUUAUCCUCGGAAUGAAGCAAUUUCUAUCUCCAUCCUUGAUAUCUAUGGAUUUGAGGACCUUACCUUCAACAGCUUUGAACAGCUUUGCAUAAAUUAUGCAAACGAGUACCUUCAGUUCUUUUUCAACAGGGUCAUUUUCAAAGAAGAACAAGAUGAAUAUAACAGAGAGCAAAUCAACUGGGAAGAGGUGCCUUUCUCUGACAACCAGGCCUGCAUUGACCUCAUUGCAGCAAAGCCUCAUGGGAUACUCCGAAUUCUUGAUGAUCAGAGCGGGUUUCCACAGGCUACAGAUCACACCUUCCUUCAGAAAUGCCACUAUCACCAUGGCAACAAUCCACUGUAUUCCAAGCCAAAAAUGCCUCUCCCUGAAUUUACUAUCAAGCAUUAUGCUGGGAAGGUCACUUAUCAGGUUCAUAAAUUUCUGGAUAAGAAUUACGAUCAAGUUCACCAGGAUGUUCUUGACCUUUUUAUUCAGAGCAAAAACAAGAUGGUUGCCUAUCUCUUUAUGAGCUAUGCUGAGGCCCUCAACCAACAAUCCCAUGUUGGGAAGAACAGCACAGUAACGCGGCGAUAUCAGGCCUCAACGGUGGCAGCCAAGUUCCAACUAUCCCUCAUGGAGCUCAUUGAAAAGAUGGAGAGAGCCAACCCAUAUUUUGUGAGGUGCAUAAAGCCAAACCAAAACAAGGAGCCUGGUGUGUUUGACAUGGAGCUGGUCAGUGCCCAACUUAACUAUUCUGGGAUUUUGGAAACAAUUCGAAUCAGAAGUGAGGGCUAUCCGAUCAGAAUGCCAUUUGAUGUCUUCCUUUUCAGAUACAAGUCCCUGCUAGGCCUCAAACAGCCGCCUCCUGCCAGUGGUGAAAACUGUGUCAUCAUGUUGAGGAAGCUUUGUCCUGUUAGACCAGGAGCAUUUCAAGUCGGUGUCAGCAAGUUGUUCAUGAAAGAGGACAUAUACUUCCUGUUGGAGAGCAAGAGGGACCGAGUAAGGCACGUAGCUGCCCUGAUUUUGCAGCGUUAUGUCAGGAUGUUCUUUGUGAGAAAACGCUAUACGGCCUUCCGCAUGAAGAUCAUACGGCUGCAGGCCCACUGCCGAGGCUUUCUCACAAGAAAACGGUAUGUGAAAAUGAGAGCUAGCCUGGUGAAAUUCCGCUCUCUGAUCCAUAUGUACGUUGAUCGCAAGAGAUACAUUAAGCUGAGAUACGAGGCCAGGAGAAAGGCAGAAGAGGAGCAAAGGAGAAUAGAAAUGGAGCUGUCUAAACGGGAAGUGGUCAACGUCACUCAUCUUGUCAUUCCAGCUGAACUUGGAGCAUUGCUGCAGGCAGCCGCUGGAGGUAGAGAGCUCCAUUCUGAUUGUUUGGCUUUAGUCCAGGCUCCCACAGUUCAGGUGGAGUCACAGCUCACGCUACCUCUUGACAUCAACAACUACACUAUUUCCAAAUUUGUCCAGAUUCACUUCAAAGAGGCAAAGUUUGGAAUGCUAACUGCACCUUUAAAGACACCACUAACCCACAUUGAUGACGAUCUUAUACAUGACGCUCUAGAUGUCUUUAUCAUGAUCUUGAGGUUUAUGGGUGACCCACAUCUAAAUGGUGCUCAGGAGAAUUUAUUUGGAAACUACAUCAUCCAGAAGGGGCUUACCAACCCUGGUUUGCGGGAUGAAAUCUUAUGUCAAAUUGCCAAUCAGGUUUGGAGAAACACCAAUCCAGAUAACUCAGAGAGAGGCUGGCUGCUGCUGCUUGCCUGCCUGAGUGCAUUUGCACCAUCGGCCAAAAUGGAGAAAUACCUUCUGAAGUUUGUCUCAGAUCAUGCCUAUAAUGGAUUCAAAGCUGUUGGCCAACACAAGCUCAUUCAAGCCACGCAGAAGUCCCUGUAUGGACCGGAGGCUGCGAGGACUUACCCAUUGUCCCUUCUGGAAUGGACAGCCAAUAGGAAGAAAGCAAACAUGGUUUUGCAGGUGCACUGUUUUGAUGGGACAUCUUUCCUUUGCCCUAUGCACUCCUGGACGAGUGGGGAGGAUUUGGCUGGAGAUAUUCUACAGCAUAGGGGUGUGACGGAGGCCUGGAAGGGGUGUUCUGUUAUCAUGAAGGAGCACGGGCAGUGGGCGGAGCUCGCAGGGCAUGAUUAUGUAAUGGACUUGAUCGCAGACAUGGAAUUGAUGAGAAAUUUUCCCAAGCAAAAGUCCUACUUCAUCAUCUCCGCUGAGAGUCCCACCAGAACUAGGUCCAAUGCCAGCCUGGCUCUGUUUGGAAGCGGAUUUGAUUCUGACGAUGACAGCUCACCUCUGCUCCCUCAAACAAUGCCAAGCUCCAGUCUGCCAUAUUCAGCUGGAUAUUACAGCCACGACUUCAGUGAGGCACCAACUCAGAAAGGCAUGGACAGAUAUCUCGACAGCCUGUUUGACCCAGUUCUGUCUGAUGGUAAUGGGGAUUUUGAGAAGUCAUCCAGCAUGUCCAGCCGUAUGAAGGGAGCUGGUGGGAUUGGAGGGCAGGAUGGUGACAGAGAGAAGCCCCUCUCCAGCAGGCCUUAUCCCCCUGGACUGCAGCCUGGUGCGGUGCCAGUUCUACCUGUAAUGGGAGGAACAAUGAUGCCACCUAUACCUAUGCCAGCUAUGUCUUCUGUGCCUCAUGCAUACGCCCCUACCGCCGUACCUUCAGUACCCCCAAUGCCAGCUAUGCCUUCUAUGCCAGCUUUGCCAGCUAUGCCACCUUUGCCAGCUAUGCCUAAUGUGCCACCAAUGCCUGAUAUGUCAGGUGUAGAUCCGGCUGUCUUAGCACAGCAGCAGCAAGCCAUCAUCAACCAGCAAGCGAUUAUAUUGGCUCAGCAGAUGACAAUGCAAGCCAUGGCCCUCCAGCAGCAGAUGUAUAAUUCAGUGCCAGCUCCCCGCUCCAGCCACGGUGCCAGUUCUACCUGUAAUGGGAGGAACAAUGAUGCCACCUAUACCUAUGCCAGCUAUGUCUUCUGUGCCUCAUGCAUACGCCCCUACCGCCGUACCUUCAGUACCCCCAAUGCCAGCUAUGCCUUCUAUGCCAGCUUUGCCAGCUAUGCCACCUUUUUAUCAGAGUACAUCUGCUUUAUCUCUAAAGGUGUAGAUCCGGCUGUCUUAGCACAGCAGCAGCAAGCCAUCAUCAACCAGCAAGCGAUUAUAUUGGCUCAGCAGAUGACAAUGCAAGCCAUGGCCCUCCAGCAGCAGAUGUAUAAUUCAGUGCCAGCUCCCCGCUCCAGCCAGUACAGUCCUACCAAACAAGAAACUGGACCUGUUUCCUACAAACCAACCCCUGCUUCUCCACCACAGAAAUCUUCACAGCGACAGUACAGUCCAACUAGAAGAGAUCCACCAGCGGGAGAUGUGAUGCGAACCACUAUCUCAAACUCUGAACAUUUAGAGCCAAGUCACAACAUCAAAGACAUUAUCAAGCAGUACCAAACAAACCCUGUAAAACCAACAGAGAUUCCCAGGAGGGAAGCUAAAGUGUUUUUGAAGAAACCAGACCCCCAUGAUGAAGCUAUGAUGAUUCUUAAGGACCAAAUGAGUGCUCCAUCUCCACAGCGAAAGAAAACCUACACUCCAGCCUCUGCCUCGUCAUCUGCAAAGGAGUAUGAUUAUGAUGGAGAGGCACUGAAACCAGCAAAAAGCAUAAAGAUGAAGCGAUCACCUCCUGUGCCAGCUGUUAGUCAGAGAUUCCCGGCCGCUGCACCUGUAUCUAGAGAACUUCCAGUAGAAGAGGAGAAUCUUCAGACUCAGCUGCACAAGAGGAGCAGUGAAGAGCACUACACCUACACCAAUGUACCAUGGAAGAUCUACCUGAGGAAAGAGGUUUUUUAUCCGAAAGACAGCUUCAACCACCCGCUGAUGCUAGACCUCUUGUUCAAGCAGAUUGUCCAUGACACAUUCUCAGAGGCUUGCAUUCGCAUUACAACAGAAGAAAGGCAGAAGAUGAAAUCCCAUUUUGCGGAGCACAACAUUGACAUGAAUGCCACAAUCCAUGAUGAGAAUGUGAAGAAGAAGAUUGUGGUUGCUGCAAGAGACACCUGGGAGAUCUACUUCUCACGCCUCUUCCCAGCAUCUGGCAGUGUUGGCACAGGGGUCCAGGUGCUGUCUGUAUCUCAUAGAGGGAUCAAGCUUGUGAAAAUGGUCAGGAGCAGUGCGGUAGCCCCAGACUACUUCAGAGUUCUGCGACCCUACAGCUACACAGACAUCAUGUUCGUCACCAUUCCUUCCAAAAACAUGCUGGAGUUCAAUCUCACCAGUGAGAAACUGAUUCUGUUCUCUGCCAAAGCUCCUCAGGUCAAAACCAUGAUUGACUACUUUAUCACAGAGCUGAAAAAGGACUCAGACUAUGUCGUUGCUGUGCGUAAUUACAUUACAGAUGACAGGAAGCUGUUGAGUUUCCACAAGGGAGACAUCAUACGCUUGCAGAAAAUGGAAGGCCUAGAUGCAGGCCAGUGUUAUGGUUGCAUAGUGAAAAAGAAGGUGAUUCUCCUGGAGGAAUUAAAAAGAGACACACCUGAUUUUGGCUGGAAGUUUGGGGCCAUUCAUGGGCGAUCUGGGGUUUUCCCUGUGGAGUUUGUUCAGCCAGUGGCUGCUCCUGACUUCAUUAACAUUCCUGUGGACAAGAAAGAGGAACCCAAGAAUAAGCAGGGUCGCGUGGCCGCAUCAGCAGCUGUGGCUGUGGCUGUAGGGUCGGCUACCGCAGCCCAUGAACUCGACCGGUCAAUUGAGGUGGCGUCUCAUGUCAGUGAGUAUGCAGAGGCCUACACAGACAGCACUGAUAUGGACAUCGAUGAGAGAUUCUUGCAAGACAGCCAAUACAACAUGGUGGAAUUUGCAAAGAAAUAUUUCAGAGGGGCCCAGAGAAAAAUUGGUGAUUCAUAUAAGAAAAAGUCAAAGAAAACAAAGGAAUCUAGGGAGCCAUCAGAAAUGGUGAAAUUUUCCAAGUCUCCAAUUCAAGAGUCCCUAAUCGAGUUCACUGAUGAAAACAUGAACAAAGUAGCUGCAGAGAUUUUUCUUGCUAUAAUGAAGUUUAUGGGAGACUACCCUAUGAAAGGCCAGACUGAGCAGGAGGUCAUCAGCACCAUCCUAAGGCUGAGUGGCGAGUAUGGACUAAUGAGAGAUGAAGCGUACUGCCAAGUCCUCAAGCAGAUCAGUGGGAACACCAGCUCCAAGACGGAGAGUUGUCAGAGGGGCUGGAGGCUGCUGUACAUCCUCACUGCGUACUACAAGUGUUCAGAGGCACUCAAACCUUACCUGCUGAAGUACCUCCAAGACGUCUGUGCAAGUCCAGGGGUGCACUUUCAGGGAAUUGCCAAGUCUUGUGAACAGAACCUAAGGAAGACGUUUCAAUAUGGUGGACGCGCUGAACAUCCUAAUGGGAUGGAAUUGAAAGCUAUGCUGGCUGGAAGGAGUUCCAAGCGGCAGUUGUUUCUUCUUCCUGGUGGAAUUGAACGCCACCUAAAGAUCAAAACCUGCUCAGUGUCUUUGGAUGCCAUUGAAGAGCUGUGCUAUGAGAUGGGUCUGCAUAAACUUGAGGCCUUGGAUGAGUAUGCUGUAUUUGUGGUCACAAACAGAGGUCAGAAUGUCCGCCCUCUAAACAAAAGAGAGUACAUCUUGGAUGUUGCUACAGAAGCUGAGCAUGUUGAUAGCAACUACAGUCUGUGGUUUCGAAGAGUGAUCUGGACGCAGCCACUAAAGUUUGACAGUGAGCUCGGAGUCACUAUGCAUUACAAUCAGGUGUCCCCUGACUACUUGAAAGGGCUGCUCAAUGUUGUCCCACAGGGUAAAGCCAGUGAGCAGCAGCUUCAGCAAGUGUCAAAACUGGCAUCUCUUCAACAUCGUGCCAAGGACUUGAUCUACAUGCCCACCUUCCAUGAGGUUCAGGAGUAUAUUCCCACCCAGCUCUUCAGUCUCCAGCGGCACCAGCAAUGGUUAAACAUGGUGACCCAGCACAUGCAGCAGGUGCAGGCCCUCACUCCUCAUCAGGCCAAAGCACAAUUUCUAGGGCUUGUGAGUGCUUAUCCCAUGUUUGGCUCGUCAUUCUUCUACAUACAGAGCAGCAGUAAUAGUGCUAUUGACACCCCAUGCAUACUGGCUGUCAAUCAAAAUGGUCUGAACUUUCUAAGAAAAGAUACUAAUGAGCCGAUGGUGAAGUUUCCGCUGAAGGAGGUCCAGUCCACCCGUACACAGAGGCCCACAGCUGGCUCCAGUUACCCGUAUGUGGAGAUAAUGCUGGGUGACCUAAUGUCUCAACGCAUUGCACAGUUACAGCUGGACCAGAGUCUUGAGCUGUGCCGUGUUAUCGCCAUGCAUAUGGAGAACCUGCUGUCAGUACGAGAGAAGAGACUUACUCUGCCGCCCAGUGAAAUCACUCUGCUCUAGCACCCUUUCUAUUAUUACUUUUAUGGCAAUAAUUGC